AUGACCAAGUCGCGAGACGUCAACAAGGAGACCGUCAUGCGACGGCUGCGCGCACGCCUCGAUCGCCGGUCCCGGGGCGCGGACGCUGAAGCCGAUGCCCGGCUCCGUGCCCAAGUGGACUUCUACGUCCGCCUGCGCGCUGCGCUCUUCGCCAACGGCGGCUCCACGAACGUGGGCGCCGUGGACGCCGUCGCCGUCGCCCUACUAGAGACCGUGACCCUGCUGUCGCUGCCCGACUCGCUGCACGUCGUCGCUGCACCCCCGCAUGACCUGUUCAUCGUACCCGCGCCGCAGGCACGCUCGUCUGGCAAGCGACCGACCACCAGGGGCGCCUCCAAGCCCCCUCCGUCCAAGAAGCAGCGCAAGUCCAGGGCCCAGGACCAAGACGAAGACGACGCAGACGACGAGGAGGGCGCCCCCGAGGACGACGGCGCGGAGGAGUACGAGUUUCCGCUACCCGCCAAGUGUCCGGCCACCAUCCGUCGCGACAUCUCCAAGAUCAUCAAGCAGGCGGGCACCCAGGGCAAGACUCCUCCGCGCAUGGCGUACCCGUGGACCGGUCCGCGUGCCUGGUAUGACCAUCAGGAGCACGCGGCGCUGCACGUGGUGCACUGGCGCUUCUGGAUGCACUGGCACGACGUCUUCUUCGCCUGCGCGCUGUACGCGCCUUCUGAUGAGUGCACGGCCCGCCGCAAGAAGAAGUCGAACGCCGGUCAGGCACGGCUCGCCUUCCUCAGCCUGAACAUCGUCCAGCUCGGCUUCUACGACUUCCUGGACGUCUUCGAGAGCGCCACCCAUGACAACCUCAUGUGGCUUGGCGGCAAGGCUGCUCGGCGCUCGGUGGCCGCGAAGGCGAACGCGAGGGGUAACUCGGACGCGACGGUGGCGACGGACCUCGCCACGCUGGUCCGCAACGACCGUGGCCGCUACGACGCCAUCAUCGCCCGAGCCCUUGAUCCGUACCGUGUGGACGAGGACGGAUACCAGUCCAUCUCCGAUCUCCUCGAACAGACGGACGCGCUGAACCCGACCAAGCCAGCGCACCUUCGCCUCAGCGACGAAGCCAUCGAUGUCACCGGCAGCAGUCCGCCCAACCCGUCGUGGGUCGGCAACAAAAGCGCCGACACCUGGAAGGUUCUGCUAGGGGACGCUCGCAUCCGAGCCCUCGCCAAGAAGCUCAAGCCGCUCGUGAAGAUGGGCAAGCAACCGUUCCCUGCCCAGAAGGCGUACGACGAGGACAAGGAGCAGCACGACGACUACUCGGACUUCGAGGACGACGAAGACAUGUUCACGGUGCUGCCCCCGACGCCAGAUCUCGACGAGGAGGACGACGGCGAACCCGACGAGUUGGACGAGCAUCUGCCCGAGACCGAGGCCGACCAAGAUCAGGAAGACGACGAAGAGCUGGACGACCACGAGGCCGACGAAGACCGCGGUUCGGGCGCCAACGACCCGACAGACGACGGUAAGAAGAGCAGCGCCGGCGACGAGGGCGGCGACACUCCGUCCAAGAAGAGUGCCGCCCCUCCGGCUUCUCCCAAGCCCAAGUAA